AUGAAGAACCGUACUAACAACCCUCUAGCUGGUGUCGUCAAUGCAAUCUUCGUCUUUGUCACAUUCCUCCUGUCGCUCCCAGGACUAUUCCUCCCAACCAAUCGAGGCUGGCUACGCGCCCAGGGUUGGCUGGUCAUCAUCUGUGCAACCUUUACGCUUGGUCUUGGUCUCGCCAUUUGGCUCGAGACGCUACAGACGCGCAAGAACCUUAGCAACAUCUGGGGCCGCGAGAGGCCGCUGAUCCAAAGUCUCCUGCAACAAAAGGACGCCACCUGCACAAACCCUCUUGUUGCAGCGCAGAAGGGUGGUUGCAUUGGCAAGUUCUCGUCCUUUGCCAACAGGUUCCUCGACCAAAUCUUCACCGCUGCCUUUGGCAUCGUCGGCAUCGACGUCAUUCUCGUUCUUUGCACAGCCAUGGUCCUCAAGUACAGGAUGGAGCAGGAGCGCUACCGCCACAUUGACGAGAAGAACGGCUUUGGAGGAUUGUAGGCGCAAGCGGUGAGGAGAGGCAAUAUGCAUUUCAACGCACGAAGCCUGCUCGGGAGGUUGUGGUAAUAGUGAGACAAACAGCGGCUCUCACGUUCUGUUCCGUUCAACGCGUCAAUUCUGCACUUAGCGUUCGUCCCUACCUGUAUAGACUACCCAUAAAAAUGACAACAACCACAUCGACC